CCGCGAGCAGCGCCGGCCUCAGUUCUAUCUGCACAGCCAUACAGUGCGCACGUCACAAUGUUCUCGCGGCGCCUCGUUGCCGUCUUCGGACUUGCCGUCCUCGCGGUCGUUACUGCCUACCCUUACCCUGCCUCCGACCGCGAAGUCAUCCCCCAGCCAGUAACCACCAUCACAGAAGAUGACUUCGCCUUCCCAUGGAUGAGCAUCUCGCCCUUCAGCCUGUUCGCUCCGUUGUGGAAGCUAAUCCCCAGUUUCGCUGACAUCGGCCCCAGGAUCUACGCUGACGACGACAAGUUCCAGGUGGUUGUCAACGCUAAGGACUACAGAAAAGACGACCUGAAAGUGAAGGUGAAGGGUGACUUCAUCUUCGUCCAGGGUUCGCAGGAGGCCAAGCAAGACGAGCGCGAUGUGUUCGCCAGCCAGUUCUUCCACACUUACACGCUGCCAGCUAACGCUAGCAGUGAAGAUGUUAAGGCCGAGCUGACGUCUGACGGAUACCUGGUCAUCACCGCGCCAAUCAACGGUGAUGUUGACAAGUCUAAGGACUCAGACCGCGAAGUGCCAAUUGUAUAUACUGGAUCGCCUUACAAGAGAGAAAAGAAAGUACAGAAGGCCACGGAGGAUAAUGUUGAAGCUGCAUCGAGCACGGCUGCACCGAUAACGAAUGCACCGACGUCCGCAUCGACGACAGCGGCUCCCACUGCCGCGCCCACUACAGCGGCUUCCACUACCGUAGCGGCAUCCACCACGACGACAGCGGCCCCGGUAGAAGACAAAGAAGAAGCGACUACACCUCCAGAACCAGAGGAAGUGACGGAGAAAGACAACGUGAUCCCCCACGGAAACGAUGUUGCCCCCUAAGUGAUAUUUAGAAUAAGUAUUUAAUUAUAACGCAGUAUUUUAAUAAAUGUAUGUUUUUUUAAU